AUCGAACUAUAUUAUUACUCUCUCUUUCAUAAAAACACACAUAAUAUAUUCAUGGAGUGGAUCAGAGGACGCACUAUAGGCAGAGGCGCCACCGCAACGGUUUCUCUCGCCACCACUUUUUCCGGCGAACACUUUGCUGUGAAAUCAGCAGAACUCUCUGUUUCAACCCUUUUACAGAGAGAACAAGAAAUCCUUUCCCAGUUAAAUUCCCCUCGCAUAGUGAAAUACAUCGGUUCUUCAAUCACUAAAGAAAGCAACAAGCUUUUUUACAACCUGUUAACAGAGUACAUCUCCGGUGGGUCUCUUCAUGAUCGGAUCAGACGGAGAGUAGGAUCUGUUGUUGAUGAACCCAUGAUCAGAUCAUACAUGAGAGAUAUUCUUUUGGGUCUUGAUUAUCUUCACUCGAAUUUCUUUGUGCAUUGUGAUAUCAAGAGUCAGAAUAUCUUGAUUGGAGAAGAUGGUGUCAAGAUAGCAGAUCUAGGAUGUUCUAAAAGAGUUGGAAUUGGGAGUUCUUGUGAUUUGGGAUUUACUGGUACGCCGGUUUUUAUGGCGCCGGAGGUGGCUAGAGGUGAGGAACAGAGUUUUCCGGCGGAUGUUUGGGCAGUUGGGUGUACACUAAUUGAGAUGAUUACUGGGUCUAAUCCAUGGCCGGAGUUGACAGACCCGGUUUCAGCAAUUUACAAGAUUGGAUAUUCCGGCGACAUCCCGGAAUAUCCUGCUUCCUUGUCCGAUGAUUGUCAUGAUUUCCUCAAUAGAUGCUUGGUGAGAGAUUCUAAAGAGAGAUGGACGACGAAACAACUACUCAAUCACUCGUUUGUUAACAAUUUAGUGAUGAAUUUAGAAAAGAAAGCCAAUUCCCCUUGCUCUGUUUUAGAUCAUGUCUUCCGGGAGGAGGAAUCGUCGUCGUCGUCGUCGGUGUUAUCUGAAAGAAGACGGAAUCUUGCUUGUGAUCCUCCAGCUGAUCGAAUGAGGAUAUUAUCCGGUGCCCACGAUUUGAAAUUGAAUUUUGAAGAUUGGAGUCGAGAUGAGGACUGGAUCAAUGUUAGAAGUAAUUCAGAUGAAAUCGGAGAAUUUGAUCACCGGAGAGUUGAAUCUUCGCCGGCGAUGGAAACAGGGGAAGAUUAUUCGGUUGUUGCUGGUGAUGGGUAUGAUGAGGAUCUGUCAACCGAUCAUUCUUUGGAUAGCGAUGUUGGUUUUAAUUACUUUGGUGAUCUAGAUUCAAAUUUCGAAAACUGUCAUUCCAAUAAUAAUAAUAAUAAUAAUAAUAAUAAUUUCAAUUCAUCAAUGAUUCAUUCACUUGUUUACACCUAUAUC